UGUUGAAGUUAUUUCUUGUCUUCGUAGUUGGUUUAGUUACAAGCGAGAGUGCUUUCUGCACUUCAUCAUCCUACACCAAAUGCUGUAAUAUACGACUAUUUUCAGUUACGAGUUAAUAUUUAAUUCUGUCUUUAAGGAGUAGUAACUGGGAAAAAAAAUUUAAAAAAUUUUGGUUGCAUAUACUUCACUAAAAACACAAAUCCUUUACAAUUCUCUACGUCUUUUUGAAGACUUUAUAAGGAUUACGCUAAACAUUCUUCUUUCUUGUACAUUUUAUUUUAGGUUAUCUAGUUCUUUCUCAACUGGGAUUUUGCUCCUUCCCUUCGGUACCUUCUGUACAAAUUCGGUAUCUUCGAUUCAUUUAGCAGCUGUGUUGCCUAAGUUUAAUUCACGAUGCCAUUCGGUCAAGUAGUCGUAGGUCCACCUGGUUCUGGAAAAUCAACCUAUUGCUUUGGAAUGCAUCAGUUUUUAUCUGCUAUCGGUAGACAAUGUAUAAUCGUAAACUUGGACCCAGCGAACGACUUUAUGAGCUAUCCUUGUGCGAUUGAUAUCCGAAAAGUGAUCGACAUUGAAACCAUUCAGAAUGAUUACGAUUUAGGACCCAACGGCGCUCUCAUUUUUGCAAUGGAAACUAUAGAAUACCAUGUGGACUGGCUAUGCGAAGAGUUAGAAGCACAUAAAGAUACAUAUGUUAUUAUAGAUUGUCCUGGACAGGUUGAAUUAUUUACUGACCAUGAUUCUCUUCAAAAAAUUAUUUCUACCUUAUCAAAACGUAUCGAUUUCCGCCCUGUAGUGGUUCAGCUCGUUGACUCGUUUUGCUGUACUGAUCCUGCUGCAUACAUUAGUGCUCUCUUGGUUUGCUUAAAGGGAAUGCUUCAAUUAGACUUGCCUCAUAUUAAUGUUCUUUCUAAAGCUGAUUUACUUUCGAGUUAUGCAGCAUUACCUAUGAACUUGGAUUUUUAUACCAACGUGGAAGAUCUUUCUUACCUUACUCCCAUCCUUGACCGUGACCCCCGACUCAUACGCUAUAGUCAGCUAAAUAAAACGAUUUGUGAGUUGAUUGAAGAAUUUGGACUUGUAUCUUUUGAGGUCCUUGCUGUUGAAAACAAGGUUAGCAUGCUUCAUUUGCUUCAAAAGAUUGACCAAGCUGGGGGAUAUUCUUAUGGGUCUACUGAAAUUGGAGGCGAUAUAGUCUGGGCAAAUGCUGUCAGACAGGGAGGUGAUCCUCUGCAAGAUGUCUCACCUCAAGAACGUUGGAUAGACCGAAGAGAAGAAUAUGAUAGAUACGAACGUGAAAUGGAAGAGAAAUAUUUGGAAGAAAGUCAAAAGGUAAAUGAGGAAGAAGAGCCUUAUUAAGUUAUAUGACCUUCGCAUAGCGAAUUUGUUCACAAGUUCAAUGUCAAAAUUGUUUGAUACUACGAUUCUAUAUGAUAAACUAUUUCGUACUUCUGUUUUUAUAAAUAAAAUUGUGCUAUAGGUUCCCGGAUAAGUAAUAAAGCAU